AUGUUUUCUCAAAUGUUCAUCUCCCUUUUCGCCCUCACUGCCCUAAUUGCCAUUCCCAAUUCGACGAUGGCAUUGCCAACAGGCGAAUCUGACUCUGAGACUCAAAACGAGGUCGGAUCGGCUUCGAGCGUGUUCAUCCAUUUCGGUGAACAUACAGCUCACAUAUCAAGUUUGAAUAUCAGCGACAAGGUUCACAAUGGUUCAGAUACUAUAGCUUCGUUGGCUAUGGGCAAGUCCAUCGGCAACGAGCAUUCCUUCUACUUCUACACGUACGAUGACACCAAUACUACUCAAUUUGACUGUGAUGCACCUACCUACAAGUCGCUCAAGGCAUCUGAGAAUCAAGCGCAAUACAAUUUGACCAAUGUGAUUCCCUUGAAACCAGUCACGAAUAAUACCGAUGUGGCUAGUUUGAAAUGCGUUACUAGCUCCGCAGAGGUUUACAACUCUAAUAGUACUGACACUCAGUAA